AUGGAAGGCGAAAACGAACCCAGACGCGCCCUUAUUACAGGAAUCACCGGCCAGGAUGGAUCGUACCUCAGCGAGUUUCUCCUUGAAAAAGGCUACGAAGUUCAUGGCAUUUUGCGGCGAUGCAGCACCUUUAACACGGAGAGAAUCGAUCACAUUUUUGACAAGCUGAAACUCCAUCACGGAGACUUGCUGGACAGCUCCUGCCUUUGCAACAUCAUCGCGUCAGUUCGCCCCCACGAGAUCUACAACCUCGCGGCUCAGAGCCAUGUGAAGGUCUCCUUUGAGAUGCCGGAAUACACUUCCAAGGUGACAGGCUUGGGCACCCUGCGACUCUUGGAAGCAGUGCGCUCUGCUGGUCUUACGAAGGAGACGCGCAUCUACCAAGCCUCGACCUCAGAGCUGUUUGGACGCGUCCAAGAGAGCCCCCAGUCCGAGACGACUCCUUUCUAUCCUCGCUCUCCCUACGGCAUAGCGAAGCUGUAUGCGUACUGGACGGUUGUGAACUACAGAGAGAGCUACGGCAUGUUCUGCGUCAAUGGAAUUCUCUUCAACCACGAAAGUCCACGAAGAGGCAAAACGUUCGUCACCAGAAAAAUUACAAGAGCCGUCGCACAGAUCGUCAAGGGUGUUCAAGAUAGCCUCGUCCUGGGUCACCUCGACAGCUGGAGAGAUUGGGGUCACGCAAAGGAUUACGUGAAAGUCAUGUGGAUGAUGCUUCAGCAAGAGUCGCCUCAAGAUUUCGUUAUCGCCACAGGGGAGCAGCACUCCGUCAGGGAAUUCUGCGAGAUCGCCUUCGCGUUUGCCGGCCGCCACAUCAAGUGGGAGGGCGAAGGCUUGAAUGAGAAGGGUGUGGACAAGGAGACAGGGAAGGAACUUAUCUCUGUUUCUCCAGUUUACUUCCGCCCGGCAGAAGUCGAGAGUCUCCUUGGCGACGCUAGCAAAGCGAAGAAACUGCUGGGCUGGGAGCCGACCACGACUUUUUAUGAACUUGUGUAUGACAUGCUGCGUUCGAGCUUCGAGGAGGUCGGUUUGACGUUGCCUUCUUUCGAUGAAUGCAUGCGUCGCGUGUCUCUCUCACCUGCGGACGGGAAAGUCCAAAAGGCGUAA